AUGAGCAGCAAUUCACGAUCACCAUCGCCGGAAUUUUCUCCUCUUGCGUUUGAUGAGGACUUGGCGCCUCUCCCACAGUACAAGACCGCCGGAACUACAGAGCUGGACUUCUCGGGCCUGUUGGGCGAGCCACUGAAACUCCACGAGGAUCUCAAGUCGGGAUGCGGGGGCCAGCUUUGGCCGGCUGGCAUGGUGUUGGCCAAACAUAUGCUGCGCUACCAUCGAGAUGAGCUGCAACACGCCAGAAUACUCGAGCUCGGCGCCGGCGGUGGCAUCGUCGGACUCACCGUCGCAAGAGGCUGCAGCAGGUUGGAUCAUCCACUCUACAUCACCGACAUGGUGGACAUGGAAUCCCUCAUGCAACACAACAUCGCCUUGAACGACCUCGGCGACCGGGUCCGAGCCAAAGUUCUCAAUUGGGGCGAGCCGCUGUCACAGGAGAUUCUGGAUUUCAAACCCGAUACAAUCCUCGCGGCCGACUGCGUCUACUUUGAACCAGCGUUCCCGCUGUUAUUGCAGACGCUUCAAGAUCUGUUGGCCUUGGUCCCGUCGGCCACCAUUUAUUUUUGUUUCAAGAAGAGACGCCGGGCCGACAUGCAAUUUCUGAAGGCGGCCAGGAAAGCCUUCACCGUGACCGAGAUUGCCGAUGAAGACCGGCCUGUGUUUAGCAGAGAGAACUUGUUCCUCUAUACCUUCACCCGGAAGUGA